AUGCCAAAAGAAUCAUGUCCUACUCCCAACGAUCCUUCGGACACGAAUCGAACCGACGUUUUGUUCCUGUUGGACUCGUCAAAUUCGUUCAACGAGCACAAAUUCAUGCAUGCCAUUCAGCUCAUCCUCGACACCGUUUCACAAUUCCGAAAUAUUGGACCCAACGGUACCCAGGUUUCACUUGUGCAAUACAAUUCUGAGCCAUAUCUCGAGUUCUCGUUGAGGAAGCACAACUGUAAACAGUGGUUGAUCGACGACAUCGCAGACACCGACUACAUGCAGGGAGAUCGUCCGGAUGCCGAAAAUGUUCUGGUGAUUUUGACCGAUGGACAAUCGGAUGAUCGGAUUCAAGAGCCAGUUGAG